CAAUUCCGAAUUGUUAUUUUUUUGGAUUACUCAUUGUUCAUGGCACUGCUAAUUUUAUUGAAAACAAAGAAAAAUCAUGCAUGAGAUCACGGCGUGUCGCUCCACGCAUAAUUUCACCCCGAUAUCACAACGUAAGACCGUAUAAAUGAUAAAUUAUUGCUUCGCUGUCGAGUGUUCGAACAAUUGUGUAAAUACGAAGUUUCCGUGUUUGAUUUAUUGAAUUGUGCUACACCCAAGGCUGAAUUGAUAACUUUAACGACUAAAGAGUGUAUAAAUUGCGUUAAUACUACUUUUUUAAUGAGAUAAGUGAAAUUAUGGCGGCAGCGAUUGCAAAUGAUUCACCGAAAUACAGGAACAGCUUGAUAUGCUGCAGUCCUCGUAGUGAAGUCGUAUCAAGAUCGUCGUCUUCCACGUCAGGUUGUGUGUCUGCUGAGGAGAGUAACGACUCCAACUAUAUACCAAAGUCUAUAUCGAAUAAGAAACUCAAAAUACACAGCACAGCUACUCGAGAAGAGAUAGAACGAGCCAUCAACCAAUGUAAGGAGCUUGUGUUGAGUAGUCCACAAUGCUCGGACGAGAGGAAAUGGUUGGUACGUUAUUUAGUUGAACUACGGUUAAGAUUGGAGGAUUUGAAGGACAAUGAUGGACAGUUGAGACCAAAAGUUGCCAUAAAAGGUCACCAUUUCGAACAACAAAUCAAUAUAGCCAAUCGAAAACAGUACUGUGAUCACUGCAGCGGCAUUGUAUGGAACAUUGUUCAGAGCUCGUACAUUUGUACCGAUUGCAAUUAUGUAUGUCAUUAUAAAUGUGUGGAUGAUAUCUGUAGGGUAUGUGCUCAUGUCGUUAUGACUGAAAAGGGUGAGUUUGAAAUGAGCAUUUGUCCAGAAAAGGGUUUAGCAGCUCAAGACUACAAAUGUGCGGAAUGCGGAACAGCCUUAACGUUCAAAGACGCGUGGAACGAACCACGGUUAUGCGAUUACACUGGUAUGUAUUUCUGUGGGACUUGCCACUGGAACGACUUAUCCGUUAUCCCAGCCAGAGUCGUGCAUAACUGGGAUUGGGAUAAGAAAUACAUAUCACGAUUAGCUUACCAAAUGUUGAAUUUAUCGUGGUCACGACCGUACAUAGACGUUGAGAAUAUAAAUUCAAGAUUAUUCAAUUUUAUUGCGGAAUUGGAAUGGGUACAUAAGAUGCGGAAGGAUUUGGAAUGGAUGAGGAGAUAUUUAUGCGCUUGCAGCGAAGGUUCUAGUCUUCUAUCUCCGUUAUUUGUUCAACUGGGUGACGUUAACAAGAAGUACAGUAUGGCGCAUUUACAGGCAAUUAACGAUGGGACCUUAGAAACUCAGUUAACGGAACUCACAGAAGUAUGUAGAGCACAUAUAACGAACUGUGCUUUGUGUUCUGGUAAGGGUUAUUUAUGUGAAGUUUGCAGCAACAACGAGAUUUUAUAUCCGUUUGAUAACGGUGCCAUAAUGUGUGACAAAUGUAACUCUAUGUACCAUAGAGGCUGUUGGUUGAGAAAAGGACAGAAAUGCCUCAAAUGCCUGCGCUUGAAUGAGAGAAAAAAGACAACUGUACAAGUUACAGACGAUACUGACUCACAUUUAGAAUAUGAAAUAGAUAAAUUCGUUGAAUAGAUUUCUUUGCUUUCGUGACAUGUAUUUACGAUAUUGUUAUUAUUUUAUGUAAUACUUUUUAUUAACGAACUAUUAACAAUGUGUUAUUAUUAUAUAGUUUUUUACUAACGGAAAUAAAAAAUAGUUUUAACUUCAGUUAGUUUUGACUAACAAUAAAUUGUAAUAUAGUGUAAAUAUUGAGAUUAAAAUAUAAUAUUGAUACUUUAAGUACAACAUACUUUAAUUUAAAUAUUUUAUCUCUUCAUAGAAACAAUUGAGCCAUUUGAAACAAUGUGACUAAUUAUUUCAUGUUUGUACACAAUUUCGAAACUAAAAUAAAUUGGCAGAUGUUU